GCAUAAAUGUUUUUAGUACUUGUAAGUUAUAAGUUUUCCAAUUUUCUAAUUGUUAAUUAAUGAUUAUGGAUUGGAAAUUAAUUUUAGUCAUUAAAUUAAUAUUUUGAGUUUUUUUCUGGUCGGUAACUGUUACAAUUGACACAAUUUUCAUAUGAAAUAUUUAUUCGACUUCAUUAUUAAUACAAUACUUAUUACUCUUAUAAAUUAUAACUUAAUAAUAUUAUUAAUAACUUCUAAUAUUAAUGUACCAUUGAUUAUUUAAUCUUUAAACUACACUGAUAUAAUAUACGGCCUAAUCAUUAAACGAAUUCGUGCAUUAUUCCAUAAUAUAAUGGAGAGCAACCGAGAUGAGGCUUCCCGCUGUGUUGAGUUGACUAGGAUAUACAUAAAAAAAAARGAUUUGGAUAAUGCUUGGAAAUUUUCAGUUAAAGCUCAUAGAUUAUAUCCAUCACCUGAAACAAAACGUUUAAUGAUAAAAUUAAAAUCAUCAAUGAAACAUUCAAAACAACGGCCAAUGAAACAAAAUCAAUCAGGUGAUUCAGAUUUGUCUUAUAAUGGCGAUAAUUCAAAUUCAUCAUCUAGUACUGACGCUAAUACUAAAGAACCACCAAAAAAAACAAAAAUGGGCUACAAAUCAAGUACUACUUAUUCAUACAAAAUGUUUAAAGAGAUAAAUAAAGAUGAAUCUUUUAAGUGUCUUGAAAAGGCAGAAAAAUACAUACAAAGUAAACAAUUUGAGUUAGCAGAAAAGUUUAUUCUUAAAUCAAUAAAACUUUUUCCAAUGGUCAGAGCUGAUGGACUUUUAAAACAGCUUCAAGAAAUGAAAGAUACUAAUAAGCCUGAUUAUACGGAAGAACAGGCAAAUGUUGUUAAAAAAGUUAACAACUGCAAAGAUUUCUAUGAUGUGCUUAACAUUAAAAAAGAUGCUACUGAUACUGAAAUAAAAAAAGCAUACAAAAAAUUAGCCCUUGUAUUGCAUCCAGACAAAAAUCAUGCACCUGGAGCAGCUGAAGCAUUUAAAACUGUUGGCAAUGCAGUUGCCACUUUAACUGAUGCAGAAAAACGAAAACGUUAUGACAUGGUUGGACAUGAGAACUCUACAUCAGAUCAUGUACACAGAAAUUAUGAUCAUGGAUUUGAAUCGGAUAUUACAGCUGAACAAUUAUUUAAUAUGUUCUUCAAUGGAGCUUUUCCAAGCAGACAAGGGCCAAUGUCAAACCCAUACUAUUCUCGAUCUUUUUCAAGACGUUGGCCACCAGAGACUGAUAAUGAUAAUCAUCAACAACAGGUAAAAUUUUUAUUUUCAUUA